AAAGUUACGCGCAGGCGCGGCCAGCCGGGCAGGCCGAACGGGCGUCGUUGUCCAGGUCCGCCAUGGCGGAGGCGUCGAGGUGGCACCGAGGCGGGACUCCGAAACCUAAGCUGCAUUACAGAAAGGAAGUAGAAAUUAGAACCACACUUCAGGAGUUGGCACUCUACUUUAUUUUUUUAAUAAACCUAUGUAUAUUGACUUUUGGGAUGGUAAACCCACAUAUGUAUUACUUAAACAAAGUUAUGUCAUCUUUAUUUUUGGACACUUCUGUGCCUGGUGAUGAAAGAACCAACUUUAAAUCUAUACGCAGCAUAACUGAUUUUUGGAAGUUUAUGGAAGGACCCCUUUUGGAAGGUCUGUACUGGGACUCAUGGUACACUAACAAGACGUUGUAUGAUUUAAAGAACAGCAGUCGCAUCUACUAUGAGAACAUACUUUUAGGAGUCCCCAGAGUUCGUCAACUAAAAGUCCGCAACAACACAUGCAAAGUCUAUUCAUCUUUUCAGUCUUUGAUGAAUGAAUGUUAUGAUAAAUAUACUUCUAAAAGUGAAGACAUGGAUGAAUUUGGCCUUAAACAGGAAACUGAGUACCGUAAAUUCUUAGAAUACAUCUCAGUCAGGCUUUCUCGUCUCUCCAUUAUUCUUUUUAUACCUAACAGAUGGAAGUAUGCUGCUCCUACUAGUUCCUCCCCUUGGCACUGGGGAUUUGUUGGUGUUUACCAAAAUGGGGGAUUUAUUUUCACUUUAUCAAAAUCAAAAUCUGAAACAAAAAACAAGUUCGUUGACCUUAAACUGAACAGCUGGAUCACAAGAGGGACUAGAGUUAUUUUUAUUGAUUUUUCAUUAUACAAUGCUAACGUAAACCUGUUUUGCAUUAUCAGAUUGGCGGCAGAAUUCCCGGCAACCGGAGGAAUAAUUACUUCCUGGCAGUUUUAUUCUGUGAAGCUCCUCAGAUACGUUAGCUACUAUGAUUAUAUCAUUGCUUCCUGUGAAAUCACAUUUUGUAUUUUUCUUAUUGUCUUCACAACACAAGAAGCCCAAAAAAUAAGAGAAUUUAAGUCUGCCUAUUUCAAAAGUGUUUGGAACUGGCUAGAAUUACUACUCUUGGUGUUGUGUUUUGUGACUGUUACCUUCAACAUAUACUGUAAUGUACAAAUUUUUCUCUUACUUGGAGACCUGUUAAAAAAUACUGAAAAAUAUUCAGACUUCUAUUUUCUUGCAUAUUGGCACACUUAUUACAACAAUGUAAUUGCUAUCACCAUCUUUUUUGCAUGGAUAAAGAUAUUCAAAUUUAUAAGCUUUAAUAAGACAAUGUCUCAGCUGUCAUCAACCUUGUCUCGCUGUCUCAAAGACAUAGUAGGAUUUGCCAUCAUGUUUUUUAUAAUAUUCUUUGCUUAUGCUCAGUUAGGAUUUCUCGUUUUUGGAUCACAAGUUGACGACUUUUCCACUUUUCAAAAUGCCAUAUUUGCACAAUUUCGAAUUGUUCUUGGAGAUUUUAAUUUUGCUGGUAUUCAGCAAGCCAAUCGUAUCCUGGGACCCAUUUACUUCAUCACUUUCAUCUUUUUUGUGUUCUUUGUCCUGCUGAACAUGUUCUUGGCAAUUAUUAAUGAUACCUAUUCUGAAGUGAAAGCUGAUUACUCAAUAGGCAGACGACCAGAUUUUGAACUUGGUAAAAUGAUUAAAAAGAGUUACAACAAUGCUCUUGAAAAGCUCAGAUUAAAGAAACCUGAACAGGAUGAAGACAUAAGUAUGAAAGGAGAUUUGGCUGAGCAAGCCAGAAGAGAAGGCUUUGAUGAAAAUGAGAUCCAAAGUGCAGAGCAGAUGAAAAAGUGGAAAGACAGGCUUGAGAAAAAGUACUAUUCCACAGAAAUUCAAGAUGACUACCAGCCUGUCACUCAACAAGAAUUUCGAGAGAGCUGUGUGACCAGUGAAUUGGAAAAUUUUGCUAACAUACGACCUGUGAGAAAGUGUCACUUUGGAAAUCAAACAGAAAUGUGUUCCACAGUAGGACUUGAAAUUUCAGUUGAUUUUGGUUUUCUAAGAAAACAUAGGACAUAGUUGCAUUUGUGCACAUUUAUAUGCUUUUCUUUCAAAUUUUCAGUCAUUCUGUAAGAAAAAGGCAACCGAAGAAUUCAAUGUGAAGAUGUUCCUCUGAAUUUCCUUCAGUAAUUAAAAAAAUAAUAAAAAUAAAGUUGAUGAUAACAAAAA